AUGCCAAACCGACGCUUCCUCUUCGUCCGCACUUUUAGUGCAGCCUUGACUCUUCACUUUCCCACACGAAUUGAGCCCAGGACACUUUUUCACGCGGUAGGCCUUUUCCCACCAGAUUUUUCUUAUCUCACUCUCUCUCUGUCGCACGCACACACCCGAGGCCGUGGAUUCAUUAGAUCCUCCCUACUCCGCCUCUUCACACACGUUCGAGGCAACCUUUCUCCACCAAUCAGAAUCCGGUUAGUUUGUCGGAUCGAUUAUUCUCACAACUCCGUCCACCUCUGCCACGCUGCUCAUCGGCCAGUUUUCCGAGUCUACGCCAGCCCAGCUCGUUUGAACAGUUCUGAGUGCCUCGUGAGCUCUGCAUUGCCGACCCGCUGUGGCUCAGACUGA